AUGAUGGGUCAAUAUCAGAUGAAAGGGAGCGAGUACCUCUUUACUUCUUGCAGAAAGUAUGCCUUCUUCAUGGCUCCAUUUCAAUCUGCACUGUUGAGUACAACAGAGGAUUUAUUCAUGGACGGUACUUCUACUGGUAAUGACUUCUUCCCAUACCUCCUAAACGUUGUUUCUUUUAACGACGAAACGUGCGUCUAUAAUGCGGUAGCAAGAGUUAUACGUAGUAGGCAAGACAGUGAGAGUUACUCUAAGUCCAUCGCCACGAUUUUAAAAAAAAAGUGACGUUUGAUCAUGCCCGCUUUGCAAAUGGCAUGAAUUUGAAAUCUAUCUUGGUUGACUUUGAUGAUGGACAAUACAAAGGAAUUCAACAGUGUCUGGGUGAAGACCUUUCCCGGAAAGUGACCGGGAGAUGCAAGGUUCACUGGCAGCGAUCAGUUAAAUGA